UCGAGCACGAAACAAGAUGGCGGGUUCUUAUGUUCCAGUGAGUCCGUACUCAAAAAAACCCCCUAUCAGAACCCCCAGCAUGAUAAUCUCCAGUGAAUGGUCAGAAGUCCAGCAGAACAUCGGAACGCUGGUCAGCGACCACCAGAACAACCGACCAAUCGACGCCCAGGAUUUCCCCUACGUCAAGAAGAGCCACUGGACACCUAGCGGAGAAGUCACGAACUGCAGCUGCUGUAGGAAAAAGUUUGGCCUGACAGACAGAAAACACCAUUGCUACAGGUGUGGACAGGUGUGUUGUUGGAAGUGUACCAGGUACAAGAGGAAACUGUCAAUCUUAGCUGAGCCUGAUCCAAAUGGGAGGAGCUACCAGGUAUGUGCCUCCUGUUUUGACGAGGGUCCACAGACCAUCGGUCAGACCCAGGAUCUGACAGACCUGUUCUUCACCCUGAAGGGCAGGAAAACCAGCCCCAAGUACAAACCUAAGUCUGGCAGUAGGCUGCACAGGAAACUGGACUAUCACAAGGAGUGCCGGCGUCUGACAGAAGGGUUCCUGGCAGCAGGAGGGUCGUCCUGGCUGAAGUCUGCUUCUCUGGAGAUCAUGAAGAGUUUCUCCCUCCCAGACUGGCAGAAAGGAACCUUCUACCUGCCCAAGGGGGCCACAGACUUCUGUCAGCUAUGUGAACAGAAGUUUGGCCUGCUGAAACAGAAGCAUAACUGUCGUGUGUGUGGGCGUGUCAUCUGUUCAACCUGCUCUGCUGAGAACCUCAUCCUGUAUGUACCUGAUGACGGGGAACAGGACUCAGACCCUCGCUGGGCCAUCAUCAAGGUAAAAGGCUGUCCUGAGGUGGAGCCUAACCUGUGCCUGUACCAGCGUGUGUGUGGGUCCUGUCAGGCAGGGUUAGAGGACAUACAACUGGCAGAGAUCACACAGGCUGGAGCAGAGGAGGAACAACAGGACAUCUUCUCUAGUAUUAAACAGGUAUAUGAGAAGAUCUCGGCUACCCAGUCUAAGAUAGACACCCAGCUGCCCAAGUACCAGGAACUGAUAGAAGGUCUGGAGAUCAGUGCAGGCAGUCCUAAAUACUUACCACAGGCCAGAAGUAACAUGCAGAUGUUAGCCAAGGCUCAGGCAGACUUGUCAGACCACCUGACCAGGCUGGUGGUUGAGGUGGCCAGCCUGAAGCGGCUGCACCCCAGCACCGCAGCACAGCUCAAGCUGCUGAAGGGCCUGCUCCGGGCUAAGUACGAGUUCUACCAGGAGAACAUGUUCCAGUUCAGGGACCUGAGGAGGAGGCUGGAGAACAUGACUCCUACAGAGGUCCUGAAUGAGAUCCAGGCUAUCGUGGACCAUCAGGCCAUCAACUCUGCUUACAUCAGUACCAAACAACUCGGGCUGGAGGCUCUGCUCCUAGCAGAUAAGCAUGAGUUCUCGCCCAGGAUAGCUCAGGUGCUGGCAGCUGUGGAGGGAGUUGUGUCUGAGGAGCUGCAGCUCAGCAUCAGGGAGAACAGGGAGGACUGGGAGCAACAUCAACUACAGGUGCAGGAGUUUGUGAAGCGAUGUCUGCAGGGUUCCUCUCACCGGUUUGUUCGACCGUCCCGGCGGCUCACCGCGGCCCACGGGACCACCUACGUGUCGCAGUUCCUCUCGGAACGCAGCGAGAUCGUCGUCACGCAGAUCUACCUGCAACUCUGUGCCAAGUGUGUCGACAAGAAGUUCAGGAAGACCAAAGAGGCCCUGCAGGCAGCACAGCUACAGUUGGUGGAGAAUCAGGAGAAGGGACAAAAGUCCACAACAGUCGGAACUGAAUCUGCUACUAGCUAGAGAUCCGAAAAUACAUGUUUUUUCAUCAGGUAAAGUAUAGGAUACAGGAGUUUUCUUUUACACAACUAAGAUUUCUUACC